AUAAACGUAACAAAGAGCCUUCCCCCCUCCCCACCCACAAAAAGAAAAAAACAAUUUACAAUUGCAAGAUCGAAAAUCCCAUUAGGUUUUUAGCUUCUUCUCUGGCUGCUCAUGGCUUCUUUCAACAUUUCUUCUCCUUCAACAGCAGCUGUUUCUCGACCUCAGGCAUCCAAAAGCUUCAAAUUCUUUAAUGGAUUACACAGCACAAAUCUAUUCUCUGCAAAUGGAUACACAUCUGAUUUGGCCUUGAUACGAUUGGGUAAUAGAUCAUCUUUCGUUAUUAAAAGUGUUGGCAAAACUAGAGCUGCACUUGUAUCUGGAGAGGGCGGCCUCCUGUCUUAUUCCAAUGGCAAUGGUGCUUCAACAAAUGGUACUCUCUUCAGUGAUAAAUCAGUUGGGAUCGAAGCACAACAGGAUGCAAUAGCAUUUGGAACUCUUGCAGCAGAUACUGCUCUUAUAAGUAAUGGUUUUCCCAUUUACAAUGAUGAGUUUGAUUUGGAUCGUCCCACUGAAGGUUUUGCUUCCAUCCCUGAGGCAAUUGAGGACAUUCGCCAAGGCAAGAUGGUAGUGGUUGUAGACGAUGAGGACAGAGAAAAUGAAGGAGAUCUAAUAAUGGCAGCUCAGUUGGCGACACCUGAGGCUAUGGCCUUUAUUGUGAAGCAUGGAACUGGGAUAGUUUGUGUGAGCAUGCAAGAGCAGGAUCUGGAUAGGUUGCAGCUUCCUUUGAUGGUGCACCAAAGGGAAAAUGAAGAGAAACUCCGCACUGCAUUCACAGUUACAGUAGAUGCAAAACAUGGUACUACAACUGGGGUGUCAGCUCAUGAUAGGGCAACAACGGUAUUGGCCCUCGCUUCUAAAGUUUCCAAACCUGAGGAUUUCAACCGCCCAGGUCAUAUUUUCCCACUGAAAUACAGGGAAGGUGGUGUUCUGAAAAGAGCUGGGCAUACUGAAGCUUCUGUUGAUCUUGCAAUGCUAGCUGGAUUGGACCCUAUUGCAGUUCUCUGUGAGGUUGUAGAUGAUGAUGGAUCCAUGGCUAGAUUACCAAAGCUUCAUCAAUUUGCUGAGCGGGAGAACUUGAAAAUUAUAUCCAUUGCUGAUUUAAUCAGGUAUAGGAGAAAGAGAGAUAAAUUAAUUGAUCGUGCUGGUGCUGCACGGAUACCUACUAUGUGGGGGCCAUUCACGGCCUAUUGUUACAGGUCAAUAUUAGAUGGGAUUGAGCAUAUAGCAAUGGUAAAGGGUGAGAUUGGAGAUGGGCAAGAUAUUCUUGUGAGGGUCCACUCGGAAUGCCUCACAGGAGACAUAUUUGGAUCUGCUAGAUGUGACUGUGGGAAUCAGCUUGGCCUUGCAAUGAAACAGAUUGAGGCUGCUGGCAGGGGUGUUUUGGUAUACCUUCGUGGGCAUGAAGGCAGGGGUAUUGGUUUGGGCCACAAGCUUCGUGCCUAUAAUCUUCAGGAUGCUGGUCGUGAUACAGUUGAAGCAAAUGAGGAGCUUGGAUUGCCUGUGGAUUCGAGAGAAUAUGGCAUCGGUGCACAGAUACUUAGGGACCUGGGUGUGCGAACGAUGAAACUGAUGACAAACAAUCCUGCCAAAUACAGUGGACUCAAGGGUUAUGGAUUAGCAAUUGCAGGCAGGGUUCCGCUACUAACUCCUAUUACAAAGGAGAAUAAGAGAUACUUGGAGACGAAACGCGCUAAAAUGGGCCACGUUUAUGGCUUAGACUUUAAUGGCAGGUUGAACAGUCUCAUUAUUGGCGGCAACGGUAACACGAUUGCAGCGGAUGCUGCAUCUGAAUCUUAAGAUAUGCUGCAUCCGGUUUGCAUUAGAUGCUGGUAACUGCCGACAUGAUUUUAUUACAACUGACAUGACAAUAGGAAGAGAACAUCAUCUCUGAACUUGAUUAAAGGUUCGAAGAUUUAUGCUUUAAAAUUCUAUCUCAAAUUUAAUGUUUGCUUUGGCAUGCUAUAGUAAAAAUUUAUGCGGUUUCCUAUGCAUACCGAGGAAGAGCCAUCCAUUCUUUUUCUAUAACGUGUAAAUUUGGACAAAACAAGUUUGUUCCUAGAAUUUGGAACUGCUUGACCUUGUUAAGCUUCUAAAUUAUGUCUCUCAUUGUUGUAAUUUUGAUUUGUGUUAAUAAAAUAUAAAAGAAAAAUAAAGCUUGUAGUAUAUAUUUCCA